UUUUAUUUUGUAAUAGCUCGACAGGAGGACUUAAUUUUGGAACUCUAGGAUCUUCCACUGCUACAGCAACUACAUCGGCUCCCUCAGUGGGCUUUGGAACUGGACUUUUUGGAUCAAAAUCAACUACAGGCUUUACACUGGGAGGUACCAGUACAGGAACAGCAACCACGAUUGCUACAGGAUUGACACUAGGCACUCCUGCUACCACAUCAGCAGCCACCACAGGCUUUAGUUUAGGCUUUAACAAACCUGCAGGUUCAGCUACGCCGUUUGCUUUACCUAUCACUUCUACCUCAGCAAGUGGCCUCUCGCUCUCAUCUGCUCUUACAUCAACUCCUGCAGCAGGUACUACUGGUUUUACACUAAAUUUGGGUGGUACAGCAGCUCCAACCACAACUGCCUCCACAGGCCUUUCCUUAGGAGGAGCCCUAGCUGGUCUAGGAGGUUCACUUUUCCAGAAUACCAGCACAGCAGCAACAGGGCUUGGGCAGAAUGCUUUGAGUUUGACUCUGGGGACAACUGCAGCUCCUUCAACUACUGGUAAUGAAGGUCUUGGUGGCAUUGAUUUUAGUAGCUCUUCAGACAAAAAGAAUGACAAAGCAGGAGCACGACCAGAAGAUAGUAAAGCGCUAAAGGAUGAAAAUCUACCUCCAGUAAUCUGCCAAGAUGUAGAAAAUCUACAGAAAUUUGUGAAAGAACAAAAACAAGUUCAGGAAGAAAUUAGUAGAAUGUCCUCUAAAGCAAUGCUUAAAGUACAGGAAGAUAUUAAAGCUUUGAAACAACUUCUGUCUGUAGUUGCCAGUGGUUUACAGAGAAACACUCUUAAUAUUGACAAAUUGAAAAUGGAAACUGCACAGGAGCUCAAGAAUGCAGAAAUAGCACUAAGAACGCAGAAAACUCCUCCUGGUCUUCAGCAUGAAAAUACAGCCCCAGCAGACUACUUCAGAAUCUUGGUUGAGCAAUUUGAAGUGCAGCUGCAACAGUACAGGCAACAAAUAGAAGAACUGGAAAAUCACCUUGCUACUCAAGCAAACAAUUCACAUAUAACUCCACAAGAUUUAUCUAUGGCUAUGCAGAAAAUCUAUCAAACAUUUGUAGCUUUAGCUGCCCAACUUCAAUCAAUACAUGAAAACGUAAAGAUGCUCAAAGACCAGUACCUCGGCUACAGGAAAACCUUUCUGGGAGAUGCAGUGGAUGUGUUUGAGGCAAGACGGACGGACGCCAAGAAGUGGCAGAGCGCGCCACGGGCCACGAGCGGGCCCGUCCCGUUCAGCAGCCUGCCCAACGCGGCAGCCGUCGCCAUGGCUGCCACACAUACUCAGCAGCAGCAGCCUGCUACAGGGCCACAGCCAUCUCUGGGAGUUAGUUUUGGAGCGCCAUUCGGCUCAGGUAUUGGCACUGGCUUGCAAUCAAGUGGCUUAGGUCCCUCGAGCCUUGGAGGGUUUGGAAGCAGCUCUGCCUUUGGAAGCAGUGCCACAGGCGCGUCGUCCUUUGGAUUUGGAAGUACAAGUAAACCCUCGGGAAGUCUCAGUGCAGGCUUUGGCAGCUCGACUACAUCUGGGUUUAACUUCAGCAACCCGGGCAUCACGGCGUCGGCCGGCCUCACGUUCGGGGUGUCCAACCCGGCCUCCGCCGGCUUCGGCACGGGAGGGCAACUGCUGCAGCUGAAGAAACCCCCGGCGGGAAACAAGAGAGGGAAAAGAUAGGCACCCUGCUAGGGAGAGAGGAGGGCAGCAGCUUUGUUCACCUGUAAAGUCUAUUUUUCUAGAUUUGAUGCAUUAAUUAAAUUGCAUCCUGUGAGAUUUAUAAAAAAAAAAUUUUGCUACUUUUCCGUAGUCUGAAAUGUAAUCAUAUUGAACAGCUAUUUUCCUGUGAAUAGAUACCCAUUUAUGUAUUUUUAUUUUUGGCCCUAGUUUUAGAAAUGUUCUAUACUGCAUUAUUGAAGAAUCUUGUAAAACCAUUUAUUUAACCUAAUGCUAGUAGCAGAAUAUUUUUUGUUAAUAAGCUUUAUACCAUAUGAAUAUAUGCAUAUUUGUUUUUUGUACAGAUAAAAUAUAUUCUAGUACAAAUACUAGAGUUCAUAUCUUCUGUUCUUGGAUAUGGCCUUUAAAUCUACUUCAGGGUGUUUUUGUGUAUAUGGAUGUAAAUAUAUACAGUACAGUGCACACAUCUGUGUGUGUGUAUGUAUGUGUAUAUAUAUAAUGUAUAAAAUAAAACCACGUGCAAACCU